AUCAUUGUUGUUCUUGAAGUUCUAUAUUUGAACUGUAUUUGUAAAUGAUCAAUAAAAAAAUUGUACUAUCAACUAUAAUAAUUUUUCGAUUUUUCACUCUUUGCAUAAAAUAUCGAAACAAAAUCAAAUCGACUAUAUUUAAUUGAAAAAUCAUGUUUUGACAUAUGCUUAUAAAUUAACCAACAUCAAUGGCAACUUAAAAAAUAAAGCAAAAUUAUAAGUGAAACUAUCAGACAAAUGGAAGCCAUCAUUUUCCAAUUUUUUUAAAUUUAAUGCUAAAUUGUAAACAAAUUAAACGAUAUAUGUUCUAUCUGUCCAUACUUGUCACGUGGAAUGGAGUGCGCCGACUUAUCUUGGAAUUCUGGAGAUACUGUAUCCGUGAAGAACACUUUGAAUGAUGAUAAGAAUAUCAAUCGUGUCGAUGAAGAUAAUUUUCAAUGCACAUUUUUCCGGCAAUCUAAACGCAAAUCUUUGCCUACGAACAAUGUUCAACCUUCACUAAAUGAAAAAUCUAUAUCAUUUUAUCUAUCUGAUACUUGUACCGAUUCGGAGAGUGAGCUUGAUGAAUCGAGAAAAACGCCGCUAUGUAUAGAAACGUUUCAUACGAAUCCUGUGAAUCUAAAUCUGAAUAACGAAUUUUUAAAAUCGCAUAAUAAACUAGUCACUUUACCGAAAGUAACAUUUGAUCAAAAUUUGUACAUUCACCUGGACAAUCCAAAAUUUUCUACGAAGAAACGAUCGAUGCGUAAAGAAGAUGAAAAAUAUUUCACAAAAGUCGUACGAUUGAAAAAGAAAAAUUGUUUGAAAGAAAAAACUGAUAUGAAAAAUAAAAAAUGUCACACUACAAACAUGAAAACAGCCUAUACAUCGCGAUUCCCUAAGAAACAUAACAAUCAAAUAACAGCGAAGAAUGAAAUGUUCCUUCAACAAUUUACCAUAAAUAAUAACAAUAAUUCGUAUUCAGAUAAAAAAAGAAGUAUUCUUCGCGGUACUAAGAGAACCUACGAUUCCAUGUAUAUGAUAAAAGAUGAUACUACCAUUACUUCCAAAAAGAAAAAAAGUAUCGAAAAUAGAAUCAUGAAGAACAAACUUCUGCUAAAAUCUGUACAAGAUAUAAUUCGUGAAAUGAAUUUACAAGAAGCACAACAAAAAGCAUAUAAGAAGAAAUUGGCGAUGAAAGCGCAUAACAUCAAGCCUGAGAACAAAAUUGCGGAGAUCGAUUUGACGAAAUUGACGCGAGAGGAAGCGGAAAUUAAAAAACCAAAGAAAGUUAUGAACAAUUAUGGAAUUAAAAUCGAAGUAAUGAAACCAAUUUUUAAGAAACCGGAAGUAGAGAAAUUAUUGAACGAAUCUAUGCAUGAAGCUAUAAAAAAAUAUAGAUCGUGUACGCAUUCAUGGGAAGAGAGCUGGAAGAAACAAUUCAGAAAUGUUUAAAAAAUAUUUUUUUUAUAGUAAAUCCUGAAUAUAGAACAAUAUCGAAAUUUAUCUAUCGAUUGUCAAUAUUGUUACAAAAUGAUUUCAAUUUUUUAUUAAAAAUUUUUAUAAUGUAAUUAAAGUGUGAAAAUAGAGACAUGAAUAAAACAUGUAAAAAAAUGAAAUUUUUUGUUAAUAAAAAGAUUGUACAAUGCGGCAAACGAAGAGUUAUAUAAUUUUUUUUGAAGCUAACGAUCAAAAAAAUAGAAAUAAUAUCUUACAGAUUACAGAUUCUAACCAUGGAUUUCCUAAUAUUCAAAAUAAAAUAUCAGAAAAUACAAAGCAUAAAUUGGAAAUCUCAAAUGAUAUAAAAACUGUAAUGAUACAAAAAUGGCAAAUUAUGUUAAUCUCCGCGGAUUGCACAAUUAAAAAACACUGUCAAGGUUGGCAGGUACGAAAGAAUUAGUUGAGUUUAAAAAAAGCAACAGAAUAUCUUCUAAGAGUAUUAAAAUACAUAUAAAAAUAUUUCGCAACAUUUUUUGUAAGAUAUAUCCAAAAGAUCCAAAGGAAAUUGAGGAAGAAUCAAAGUUAAUUUUUAAC